CAGAAAAUUCAGUAGUUUGGCACAUUUCAUUUGAUUGAGAAGAUGAAAUUCUUUACGGUAUUAUUUGUUAUCGCUUUCGCGGUUGUCCUGGUUGAAGGUCAACGAGGAUUCGGGCGUCGAAGAUUUCGUGGAUUUGAUGGAUCUCGUGGACUCCGUGGACUAGGUAAUGUUAGAAUACUACCAUUUGGUGGACGUCUAGGCGGAUUUGAACAACCAGGUUUUAGAGGUUUUGGAAGACAUGGCGGCUUUGGAGGCUUUGGAGGUUUUGGUGGUGGCGGCUGUCAUCGCCGUCAUCAUCGCUAUAAUCAUCGUCAUCACCAUUGUCGUUCAACCGCUGCGCCAUCAACUUCUGCACCAACAACUGUUGAUCCAUCAACUGCUGCACCAUCGACUGCCGCACCAUCAAGUGCCGCACCAUCAACUGUUGCACCAUCAAGUGCCGCACCAUCAAGUGCCGCACCAUCAACCGCUGCGCCAUCAACUGCUGCACCAUCAACUGUUGCACCAUCAAGUGCCGCACCAUCAAGUGCCGCACCAUCAACUGCUGCACCAUCAACUGCUGCACCAUCAACUGCCGCACCAUCAACUGCUGCGCCAUCAACUGCUGCACCAUCAACUGCUGCACCAUCAACUGCUGCACCAUCUACUGCCGCACCAACUGCCGCACCAUCAAGUGCCGCACCAUCAACUGCUGCAGGAUAAACAGCCACAGCUGCCGUAUAAUAGUUACCUUAGUAACUAUAAACAGUUGAUUUGAAGGUUUAUAAAUUAAAAAUAAUAUCAAUUCAAUAAAUGAUACUUUUUGCUCCAUUGAAAGGAAAAUUGUGAGCCUAAUUAAGCACUAAAA